AAAAUACAUUCCUUUCGAAACAUUACAAACAUCUUUCUCUACUUCUCAAAUUUCCUAUUAGAUUAAACUUACGUCUAUAAAAAAAUUGGAGUGAGGGGUGUAUAACUUGCAGAUACGGAUUGCAAUUUCUGAAGUAGAAAGAAAUCAAAAUGUGAGUUGUAGACGAGUCACCUCUGAGCAGUGUUGCAGGAGUGUGGGAGUGAUAUAUGUCAGUCAGUUAGUAAAGGUGGCGGCAUUCUUCUUUAUCCAUUCAAGCUCCACUUUCUAACAUAACGUGUCACUCUCCAAGGGAUCAACGUGUCUACUUCUUUCCCGACCCCACACUCUCUGAUAAAGAUUUUUCCUCACAUUCUCCGUCCGACUUCCAGCUUCCGCAUUCAACCAACCUUCCAAUUAUCCAUCACUCACCAAAUGGCGUACAUUUGACUACUUGUGGAAGUAUAGAUGGCACAGUUUAUGAUCUUGCUGAUCAAGCCUUUAUCACUAGUCAAAUUCACUUGCUUCUUCGGUGUGAGAACCAUAUGCAUUGUUGUCCAAACAUGGACAGAGCUGCUGAGAGCUGCUAUGAGUUUUCAUGCCAGCAUACUCUGGAGAUUGAUUAUUUGGGCUAUUGCUAUUCUAUCUUUGCCUAUACGAAGUUUAACUGCUCUACAGAGGGAAAGGGCGCUGGAAAUGCAUCUGCAGGAAAUGCAGAUCGAGUUUGCGAACCUUGUCUGGGAAAGGAAGGAACUUGAGAAGAAAAUACUAAUAGCCAUCAAGGAAAAAAAGAUAAUACAGGCCAUGCUAGCAGAACUUGAGGAUGAACACGACGAGGCCAUCGUCAAAAUUGAGGAAUUGGAGGGCCAGCUUAAGGAUCUGAAGGUGGAAAAUCAACGAUUGAUCGAAGUUCAUGGUAAAGCACUUUCUGACCGGAAAGACCAUUUUGAUGCCCAAGUAAUGCAAGGCUGUAGCGACUCUGUUCCAUUUUGGAAAUCAAGUGGCAUUGAGAGCGUAGACAUAGAUAAAAGCAAAAGUGGAAGCAUGAACCCUGAUUUUAUGGGCGCCAGAUCCUAUCAAGAUGUCAAGCCAUGUGCUCGAGCCACCUCUGAGGAUUUUGAGAUGAGUGAUGUGCUACACCAACAAAGGGAUCUAGCUGUGUUCCGGACCCUUUUUAGUGCAAUAUUGUCUCUCUUAGUGGGAACAAUCGUAUGGAAAGCUGAAGAUGCAUGCAUGCCUCUAGUUCUCGCCCUAUUUGCUGUCGUUGGCAUGUCAUUGUGGAGUGUGGUCCAGUUCUUCUCAACUAUUAAGAAUGCUGUCGUUGGCAUGUCAUUGUGGAGUGUGGUCCAGUUCUUCUCAACUAUUAAGAAUACACCCGCAUCUGAUGCAGUUGCUCUCUUGAGCUUCAACUGGUUUUUACUUGGAACGCUAACGUAUCCUACGUUGCCAAGGAUCACUCCUGUAUUUGCACCGGCGUUGUGGACUCUCUCAGACCGGACAGUGGAGCUGCUAGGUUUCUAAUCUACUUUUUUAUUUUCGUUUGUGCAGUUGGCACAUAAUGCACCCUGUUUUUGGUCCUCUUUGAUGUUUGUAAAUGUUUGUUCCUUUUGGAGUCUGCCUUGUAAAAUUCUUCUGGAAUAAUGCAUUGGGCAUCUAGAAGAGUUCGGGUUUGCUUAAAUAGUUGUUUCGUUGAUAUUAUGGAUAAUAAGAAAAUGUAUAAGAUCCAUCUUAGUAUUUCUCUACUACUGAUGACUACCAUUUGAUUUUGAA